CGGGCGGGGCGGCGUGUGAGGGCUCCUGUGAGGGCUGCGGCCAGGGCUGCCGGCGGGGUCGCGGGAGCUUAUGGCCGGAGCGCGGGCAGAGCCGGCCGCCGCAGGGGACGGAGGUGCAGCGAGGGCCUCCCGGCCCUGUGGAGAUACAUUUCAGUAAACCGAGCUUGUGCGAAGGGGGAGAGGACGUGAAGUGCACGCUUAAAGCGCGUUGUGUAUUAAACAAGUAGAAUUUUUAUUUCCGUUCCAAAAGAUGAGUCGUGGAUAUUCAGAAAACAACAAUUUCCUGAACAAUAACAGCCAAAUGGUGUUGGACAUGCUUCUUUAUCCAUUAAUCGGAAUCCAUCAGACGAUUAACUGGGAAACUGUGGCAAGGCUUGUUCCUGGAUUAACGCCCAAAGAGUGUGCAAAAAGGUUUGAGGAACUGAAGAGCAGUGGAAGCUCACCUGUUGACAACCGGUAUAGUCCCCUAAUGGCUGGAGAGAGUCCUGUUGAAACUUUAGCCACGUAUAUCAAAUCCUCACUUCUUGACGCACAGGGAGAAUUUCAGGAGGCUUCUGUUGAUCAGGAUGCCGUUUCCAAAACAGCUUCCACAAGGAAUUGUUCUUCAGAAAGUGAAAAUUGUACUACUCGUAAUGGUGGAGAAGAGACUGAAGAAUCUGAAGGGCCAAAUAUGGUGAUCCAUGUAUGUGAUGAAGCAAAAAAUUUGAAAGAAGAUUUUAUUUGCCCACGAGACCUAUUGAUAUCAGAAAUGAAGUACUUUGCUGAAUAUUUAUCUAUGGAUGCCCAGCGCUGGGAAGAGGUGGACAUUUCAGUUCACUGUGAUGUUCAAAUUUUCAACUGGUUGAUAAAGUAUGUUAAAAGGAACACUAAGGAGAAUAAAGGUUGUGAGAUGCCCACUUUAGAGCCAGGAAAUGUCAUUUCAAUUCUUAUUUCUUCAGAGUUUUUGAAAAUGGAUUCAUUGGUUGAACAAUGUAUUGAGUAUUGCCACAAAAAUAUGAAUGCCAUAGUAGCUACGCCAUGCAACAUGAACUGUAUUAAUGCAAAUCUUAUUACACGUAUAGCUGAUCUAUUCACACACAAUGAGGUUGAUGACUUAAAAGACAAGAAAGAUAAGUUUAGGAGUAAACUGUUUUGUAAGAAGAUUGAGAGACUAUUUGAUCCUGAGUACUUGAACCCAGAUUCUCGGAAUACUGCAGCAACGCUGUACAGAUGCUGUUUGUGUAAGAAACUUUUAACAAAAGAAACAGAAAGAAGAAUUUCUUGCAUUCCUGGAAAAAUCAAUGUGGAUCGACAUGGAAAUCUUGUGUAUAUUCACAUAAGAGAUAAGACUUGGGAUGUUCAUGAGUAUUUGAAUAGUCUUUUUGAAGAAUUAAAAUCUUGGAGAGAUGUAUAUUGGCGCUUGUGGGGAACAGUCAACUGGCUAACUUGUUCGAGGUGUUUUCAGGUUUUCCUCUGCACAGAAUUUUCACAUUGUCAGUAUCACUCAGAAGCGGUGAUUUAUCCUCCUGCAGCCAGUUCACUUAGUACUGUGGGCACUGGAAUUUAUCCCUGCUGUAACCAGAAGGUCCUUCGGUUUGAUCCUACUCAGUUGACAAAGGGUUGUAAAGUGAGGGACCACAUAGUUGCUCUUCAUGAUCAAGGUGAAGGUGGAAGUUCGCUGUCCUAUCCAACUGCUAGAAUACUGGAGGAUCUGCACAAACACAAAGAUGUCAUUGUUGUGCCUUUUUCUAAAGAUACAAUUAGUGAUUCUGGGGUUGGUCCCUAUGAUGAGAAGGGUCUGGACUGUGAUAUUUUGCUGGAGCCAAAUACACCAUGGGGCCCCAAAAGUGGGGAGCUCAAUGCUUUUUUAUCACUGAAAAACUGGACUCUGCAACUGAAACAACAGUCAUUAUUUUCAGAAGAGGAAGAAUAUACCACCGGAUCUGAGGUCACUGAAGAUGAAGUUGGAGAUGAAGAAGAAGUAUCCAGGAAACAAAGGAAAAAGGAGAAGCCAAAGAAGUUCACUAAACAACCAAAAAAGCAGAUGUCUUCACCCUGUGGUCAGAGGAAAGAAAAGGCACUGGAGAAGACAACUUCUAGAGAUGUGUCUCCUUUCCUUGUGAGUAUGCAGAAGAAUAAGUGGGAUGUCACAAGAUCCUUGAGAUUCAACCAGGAUGCACAAAGAGAAGAUGAUCAGCGACGGAUGUCUGAGAUUACAGGGCACCUUAUAAAGAUGAGAUUGGGUGAUCUGGACCGAGUCAAGUCAAAGGAAUCAAAAGAAUUUGCAGGAGGUAUUUAUUCCAGGCUUGAAGCACAAAUCAAGGCCACAGUGCCAGUCAGUGUACGGCAGGGAAGCUCCGAGAAAAACACAAGGUCGAAAAGCCGUUUUGGUCCAGGGCGUCCUGCAUAAAGCACCUUAGCGUGUAACUACAGAGGCAGCAGACACACCUCCGGACAUCCGAAAUUGCUCACCUCUUGGAGAUCUUCAGAACGAUGACUUCUAAAUGUUUUAUUUAUUAAUUAUUCUUGCAAACAUCAUAAAUCAGAAUGCUAAGGGAAGCAUAUAAUUAGGUCUUAUGAAAUCUAAUUGUAAAUAUGAAAUUCUUAUCUAAUUUUCUUUUAGUGUGAUGCUAGGCUAUAUAGAAAAUUAGUAUUUACAAAUUAGUUUAGAUUCCUAAUAUUCGUUUAUUUAUUUGAAAGAGAAGAGGCCUAAACUCUUGAGUAGCUAAGAUCUCUUAAGACCUUAAAAAAUUAGGCGAACACACCUGGUAGUGGUACCAUGCAUGUGCACCGACUUGGCAUGCCUCCUGUGAAUUGUGGGGUAGCGUUGAGCACGGCAGUUUGUGUGAUGAAAUUCUCAGUGAUGCUGAUUUUAAGUUUGCAUGAAUAUUAAGGAGGGAUGGAUCUCAAGACUGCAUUAAAUAAAGUGUCAUGGUGAGGUAUGUCUUGUGUUGGGCAGAAGGGUUAAAUGCUUUCAGUGUUAUUCCAUGGAAAGCACAAUGUCAAUCCAAUUUUUUCUUCUUUUGUUUUUUAAUGCUUACCUAUUGGUCAUCUGAGCUGGAAUUACUGAUUAUUGACUCUUUCUCUGUGAGGCUAGUGCCAUCUGAAUUUGUUAAAAUAACCAUUGAUAGUUUUAGGAUAGUAAAUCAUUUAGGUUGUCUGAGAUACCCAUUAUACCGUUCUCAGGGUUCUAAAACCCAACCAUAUGUCUAUAGCUAUUCAAAUAGCCCUUUAAAGAAGUUACAAUUACUUAUUGCUUUAGAGCUGUCUAGGAAGAAAGAUUCCCAAAUGCAUUUGAUGGAUGAAAAACUGCAUAUAUUCGAGAGAAAUCAAAAUUCUAUAGAUCAUGUUUUAAUUUUUCUAACAAAGAAGAAAGAGUGCUCAGGGAAAAUUUUUCCAAACCAUAAGCACAUAAAGUAUAUAUUUAGGAAUUAUUUAUAUAUAGGUCUCUUUAAGAUGCACUGUUUCUAAUUUAAAUGAAGAUUUGCCUUAUAAUUGACAUUUCUUCAAAGUAUUUAGAGAACUGACUUUGAUAAUAUGACAGAACAGCAAUUUUUGUUGAAAUAUUGAAGUGUUAUACUUAGUAAACACAUACAGAAACCAUUAUUUUUAGUGAGUGUUUUAGUUGAUAAAUUAAGUUAGAUUUUAUUUGAUGUUAUAUAUAUGGCUUGGCCAAGGUUUUGGAACUUCUGUUUGGAAACUUGUGUUGCAGUUUAUAUAUUUUUCAAUUGAUAUUUUUGAAAUGGACUAUACAUUUUUUAUUUUUAAAAGAAAAUGUUUUAUAGCACAUAAUCUGUAAGCCCUGCUAAAUACCAGAGUCUUGCUUAGUUUACUGUAUUCUCUAAUUUAAAGGAUUUAGGCAUAUACAUGUUAUAUUGUGCUGUGACAGUCACAACCAGACGAGGAAAAGAUGCCCUUUUGAUUUUUAACUGAUAGUAACAAGGCAACUUGCUUGUCCCCUAGGGAGACUGUACCACUGAAUUGAUUUUUACAAACCACAAUUUAUCAGAAUUUGGUUCUCUUCAAAAUGUGCUUUUAUUUUAUUAAUGUCUGUUGAACAUAACACAAGUACCACAAACAUUUUAUUCAAACUUUUAAUAGUAUUUCUUUUGCCAAAUACUUUGAGGUUUGACCUUACAUUAAUUCUGAAUUCACAUUUCUUUAAUUGAAAUAAAUGUUAAUGACAAAAGUA